ACGAGAACUGUCACUUUAUCGUCAUAAAAAGUUUCGGAAUAGUUUCGAACUUUGCGAAACAACAAGUUAUUUUCUAAGUUUUUUUAAGUAAACUUAUUUUACUGUUAGGACAAAUCUGCUUCGUUGAUAAACUCCUAUACGAAAGUUCUGUAAAUUCUAAUGUGAAUAAAAAUAAAUUCUUUAAAUUGUGUAUGUAAAUUACAGUUGUACGAUAUGUGAAGUAACGCAAUACGAGAGCUUAGAAAUCGACACCGAAUACGAUAUUCAUAUGGCGAAUGCUUAUUUGUCGCAUAAACAUCAUUAAAGAUUAAUAAAUUAUGUCGAUCAAUUUAGAGGAAGUGACUUUUGAAGAUUUGGAAGCGACAGAUGUUAUAAGCGUUGAAUUGGUGCCUGAACGGAAGGGUUUAAUUUUGAAGCAUUGUGAAUAUUUUGUGAGUUCUCGCAGACAUGGUACCACUGUGACCAGACGAUACAAUGAGUUUGCUCAGCUGUAUGAUGUGCUUGCUGCUAAAUAUCCUUACAGAGCAAUAUGUGGGUUACCGCCUAAACGCGUUGUCGUCGGCGGUGGCAGCCCAGUAUUCCUACAACGUCGUCGCGCCGCAUUGCAACGCUGGCUGACUCUCGUCGCUCGCCAUCCGGUGCUAGCGCAUGAUGCGGAUCUACGGACGUUUCUGUGCGAAUCCAAUCCGAAACUUGAUAAGCCAAAGCAUGAUGAGUUUGUGCUCGCUGGAACGCAAGAGGAUAGCCCGAGAGACAUGACAACAGAUGAAAUGGAAGCUACAUUUGCCGGCGAGCAAGAACAACUCCGUCUUGUCCAGCUCGGUUUGGGAAGACUUAGCAAGAUAUUCGAGAAAGCCGAGGGCCGCUGCGAAGCGGAGCGGGCGGACAUCCGCGAGCUGGGCGCCGCGCUGCACGCGCUGUCGGCGCCGGCCGCCGCCGACUCGCCGCGCUGGGCCGGCAUCCGGGACGCUGUGAAGGCCGCUGCCCAACUCGCCCUGGACAUGGGCGAGGCCGGCGAGGGGCCGGACGACGAGGCGGUGCAGCGGCUGCUGGUGGCGCUGGACGCGCUGGCGGCGCACCGCGAGCUGUGCGCGCGGCUGACGCGCGGGCUGCACGCGGAGCGCGCGGCGGCGGCGGCGGCGGCGGCGCCCGCCAGCGCGCCGCACUGCGCCGCGGCGCGCCGCCUGCAGCAGCGCCACCGGUACGCGAUGCGGUGCGCGCUCGAGGAAGCGAGGAUAGCGCGAGUGUACGCGCUGUCAGCGCUGGAGUCGCUCCCCGAGCUGCUGCACGCGCACGGCACCGCGCACGCGCGCAUCGCGGCCUGCUGGGCCGACCUGCACUCCGCGCUGCGGCACAACGCCAAACCCGGCCAUCGAUAGACAACCCUGACCAUAGACUAACAUUGACGUCCAUAGA